GCAUGCGCACAGCCAACCGUCCCCGGUUCGGCUCUCCUCUCGGAUCGCGGCGCCAAUUGGACCCCAGGGCAGGGCAUGAUGGUGGUGGGUACGGGCACCUCGCUGGCGCUCUCCUCUCUCCUGUCCCUGCUGCUCUUCGCUGGGAUGCAGAUGUACAGCCGCCAACUGGCCUCCACCGAGUGGCUCACCAUCCAGGGCGGCCUACUUGGUUCCGGCCUUUUCGUCUUCUCUCUCACCGCCUUCAAUAAUCUGGAGAAUCUUGUCUUUGGCAAAGGAUUCCAAGCAAAGAUCUUCCCGGAGAUUCUCCUCUGCCUCCUGUUGGCUCUCUUUGCAUCUGGCCUCAUCCACCGGGUCUGUGUCACCACCUGCUUCAUCUUCUCCAUGGUUGGUCUGUACUACAUCAACAAGAUCUCGUCCACUCUGUACCAGGCAACAGCCCCAGUCCUCACACCAGCCAAGGUUACUGGCAAGGGCAAAAAGAGAAACUGACCCUGAAUGUCUAAUAAAGUUGAUUCUUUGUA